UGACCAUUUUGUCAUAACGUUGCACGGCUUCAAGUUGUCGCUAAACAGCCAAUAGGAACGUCUGAUCCCGUUAUCGAACAAGAGUCGUUUCCAACACGAUCACGAUCGUGUAUUGAAUUGUCGACCGCCGCAACACCCUCACACUUUCCUUUACCGCUAAUCAACUUGGGAGGCGCCUGAAGAGUGAAACGAUCAUCAACAGAGCCGGUCGCUAGGCGUUCUUCACUCCAGUGCAACGAGACACACCAGGAAGUGAAGAGAUAAAGCGGUUGACAGCUAGGGAACGCCGUACGCGCACUGCAAUAUGAGCGCGCUGGAGGUGGAGUGGAAGGUGUCGAUCGAAUUCGACAACUUCUCGAACUUGGAUUUGUUUCAGAGGGGAUGCUAUCAGGCGCAAUGUCGAUUGAGAGGAUCGCCGAGUUUGAAGUACGAGUUUCGUCUCGCUACGAACGUUCUGCAAGAUGUUACACGGAAUGACUACCUCUGCAGUGCACGUCUUUUGAGAAACUGUUCUGUGUUUGCCACGUCUGUUGUCAAUGUUCAGUAUCGUAAAGAAGAAUUCAGUCUCAAUGAAGUUGCCACAGCUACAGUGACAGCCCUAGCAGACAGCACUGAGUUGCCUCGACGUUUUCCUUUACCUCAUUUACAGCUGGUUGUUGACUUGCUUUUCUCAGAUGAAUACAAUCAGAAGGAUGGUGUAAGCAAUAUGCAGGUUGUUAGUAGUCGAGUGGUCGACUUGCACUUCUGCUCGAAUCAUAAUAUUCAUCACCGUAUCCCACUCAUGUUUGACUACUUUCACUUGGCCAGUGUCUCGUUUACUGUUCAUUGUGUGCUGGCAGGCAUCAGAUCAACGCUUCAAAGUCCUACACAAGAAAGAAGUUGGUUUCAGAACCUUUUCAUUAGUCAUUCUGUGUUGCCACCUGAGCAAUCUCUUCCAAAAAUUCUGUUUGGUGAAGUCUCACAGAAGCGCAGGAAGAGAACGAAUCGGAAAACUAGUCAGUCGAAGUAUGAAGUCUGUUUUGUGGAUGUGGAUCUUGCAUCAGCAAUUCAUAAAAAGUUGUGUGGCAUGCUAAUUGAUUCUCUCGAUGGUCUUGCUUUAUCGUUUACCUAUCUCAUGAGCAUUAUACCACAACGGCAGCGAUUGACAAUUGCACUGAGUGACAAAGCUUCGCUGCUCAAGUCUUUGAUACAUUCUGUGAAAGAUACUGUUGAUGCCGGCGAGGUGAUUUCGAUUGUAGAGAAAGACUUACACGAUCUUCAUACUGAGAUCACUGCUUUGUGGACACAAUAUACAGAAGCUGUGUCUCUGAAUCCAAGCAUAAUUAGAGCUCUAACUGCAGUGCACAAUAGAGAAAUGUUGAAUCGACUUUAUGAAGCCAGUAUUGUUCAUCAAUGGCCUCUGGAUUCAUGUGUUAAACGGGUCUCUAAAAGUAAAUUUAGUCACGUACGUCUUGCUGAGAUAAUACGUCGAUCUCAAUACAUUGAACUGGCAGUUGCACCUUUGGAACUGGCUUGUCAUGACACUGAUGGUGAAUGCACGUCUAUGCCUAUAGUGUUUGAAGAUCGAUAUGUUGGUGAUUCUCCCGUUGGAAGACGACGGAGAAGACACGUGAGUGCACCACCAAAGUGUGAACUUUCUGUGGAUUCUAGUCCAAGAAUGUCUGUACAGUUUCGUCGUCGUUCACAUCACUGUGGAUCGGACGUUCAGCAUCCGAUUGUAAGACAUCGUGUGACUCAAGAGUCACUAGACGAUAUGUUCUUGUGCGCUGCAUCAAGAAAAGCAAAUGAUGAGAUAUUGCAACCUCAGGUGGCAAAUGGUGUUAUACCUUUGAGGAGUAGAAAUGGUCACAUACCAACAGAUGAAUCUCCAGAUAGCACGUCUCAGAGUUCUCAAGCAACUGACACAAGCAGAAGUCAGGAACGACCCACAACAGCAGUAGAAGAAGUGUCUCAAAAUCGAUCCAUACAGUAUAGUAACUUAACAGAUUGUAACCAUACGAGUAGUAACUUGCUUGGCGAGUCAUUGGAAGAUGGUGAACCGCAAGCAGCUUGCCAAGUUGAGUGCAACGGAGAGAGAAUGCCUUUCAAUUUGCUUCAGUUACUUCUUCCUUCUGAUCUCAGUGACGUUGACUGGUCAUGUCUGCCUGACGAGAUUGUUCAGGAAAUACUUGAUGCAGCUGCUAGUAUGGAUGAAGCUAGGGAAGCUGCAUUUAGUGCUGAGAACAGUGUUGAGCCAGUAGAAAACAAAGCUCCGUAUGAAGAGUUUAGCGAGUAUACAGAGCAGCCUGAUUCUUCUCACAGACGGAAUUGGUCACCAAGUAUUAGAGAUAAAAGUGUUGAGCCUGCUAAAGGUGAACUCAGAGAAAUGCUAUCCAUCAAUGGCUGUUUUCUCAGUGAUCUACCCAACUACAUAUCAGAGCCUUUGAGAGUAAGCAGUCCUUUAUCAGCUCAUUCUUUUCUCAGACUGAGACCUUUGACUCACGUUAUUGUAUGUGUUCAUGGAUUGGAAGGAAACAGCAAUGAUUUACGGUCGUUUCGAAUAUUUCUUGAAAUGGCUAUGCAAAACAGUCGUCUUGAAUUCAUCAUGUCGGAAGUUAAUCAGGCCAACACCUUUGCUGACUUUAACUUGAUGACCGACAAGUUUAUUCAAGAAGUGUUUCAUCAUCUGGAAGCGUUUCGUAUUGACUUUGAUAAAAUUAGUUUUAUUGGACAUUCACUGGGCAAUAUUAUCAUUCGGUGUGCUAUUACUCGACCUGCUUUUCAGCCUUUGAUUGACCGGUUGCACACUUUUGUGUCACUGUCUGGCCCUCAUCUAGGAAUGUUGUAUCAUACCAGCUCUAUUGUCAAUACAGGUAUGUGGUUAGCUCAGAAGUGGAAGAAGUCAGAUUCUUUGGCUCAGUUAGCUCUGCGAGAUCACAGUGACCCAAGACAGUCAUUUUUGUAUCAGUUGAAUGGAAUGCCAGGUCUGAGCUACUUCAAGAACGUGAUGUUGGUCUCUUCGUCCCAGGAUCAGUACGUUCCUUAUCAUUCUGCACGGAUUCAGAUGUGCAAGGCGGCCUCUAAGGACUCAUCAGACCUUGGUUCUGUUUACAGAGAAAUGGUACAUAAUGCUUUGCAACCGAUUAUCGAAAAGCCAGGCACGACUUUAGUUCGUUACGACGUCAUUCAUCAUCUUCCUUCUCGAACUGCUGACACAGUAAUUGGUAGAGCUGCACAUAUAGCAAUGCUUGACUCAGAGUUGUUUAUUCAGAAGUUUGUAUUUGCAAACUGUGUCAAGUAUUUUUUAUAACAGUGUAUGAUUGAACAUAGUAGAAUAGAUGAUGUGUUUAGAUGCGCGAUAUUGUAAUAUUGCAUAUUUUGAUGUUAACUAGAAGAUUUAAAUUUGCUUGUAGAAAGUUGUUUACACUACAAACAUACAUAUUGAUGA